AUGCCGACAGACUGUGCAGAAAAUGCCUUGGCUGAUCCACGGGAGUGGUUCAUCUCCGCAUUGGACCAGAGGUUUGUGGAGCAGGAGGCCGUGAUCCGAAGACUGCUGGACGACCACCUCCAGCUGCUUCGGUGUGAGCCCUCAGGUGCAGGGGAGGUCGAACCGGAGCUCGAAGAAACGGUUGCGAUGGACGCUGCUCCUGGAGAAGAGGUGCCGAAGCAGGACGUCGCCGCGGAAGCGCCACUGGAGACGACCAUCAAGGUGGAAGACGGUGGCAAAAACACUGGGACAGGUCUUCAUGGCCAGAGAAGUACUAGCAGCCACCGUGCGACAAAGCUUGAGAAGCAUGUCCUGACAGACAUGUCGGAGGAUAUGGAGGAUGCCUCGCGAUACCGAGAGUGGGUGAAGGGUCCGCUGGAUGUUUGCGUCGCCGUCGUAGUCAUCCUGAACUUCGUCUGCAUGGCGGCAAGGACUCAAGAAGUCGGCAAUGAAGCCGACGUACGCCUUGGACUCUCGGAGCGGGCGCCGAACUCCUUCCUGACGGCGGAGCUCUUCCUGGCCCUGGACGUGGUUUUUUGCUCCAUCUACGUCCUGGACGUCCUCGUGCGCAUGUUGGUGCUGCGGAGGGAGUGGCUCUACGAUGAGGUGGACGGAUUCAUGUUUACGAAUGUUUUCGAUCUCAUCCUUGUGCUGAUUCACGUGCUCGAGAUCGUGUUGGCAAGCAGUGGCAGCGCAUAUCAACAGGUUAGUGCUCUUCGCAUUUGGAAACUGUUGCGGCUGGUGCUCACUGUUCGAAUCAUGAAGACUGUGAACUUGUUUCGGCAGCUACGCGUGCUAAUCAGCGCGUGCAUCUCGUCCCUGAGUGCUUUAUUCUGGUCCCUGGUCUUGAUGGUGCUGCUGGAGCUGGGCUUCACGAUCAUUAUUUGCCAGUCGCUGCAGGAGUACAUCUUGGACGAGCGGCAAGAUCUGGAGACUCGAAGGGGGAUAAGCGUCCUGUACGGCAGUUUCGGCCGCGCCCUGUACACCGUCUUCGAAUUGACCUUCUCCGGUGGAUGGAUUGUCAGAGUCCGACCUGUAGUCGACAACGUUAGCCACUGGUAUGCCAUUCCGUUCUUAUGCUAUAUCACGAUCGUGGUCUUUGCCGUGACGAGGAUCGUGACAGCCAUCUUCCUCAAGGAGACAUUGGCCAAUGCAGCGAACGACGCCGCGUUGCAGCUUGCGGAGACGAAGCGGAUGGCCCGAGGCCUUCAGAGCAAGUUCGAGGAGCUCUUCCGUUCUCUCGAUGGCGACGGAAGCGAAUCCAUUUCCUUCAGCGAGUUCAGCAAGGCCAUGAGCUACCCCAGUGUGCAGCAGUACUUGAGCACCCUCGACCUCAAAGUCCAGGACUGCGCCCAGCUGUUCGAAAUCCUCGAUGAUGGUGAUGGCAAGAUCACGAUCGCCGAGUUCUCGCACGGCCUGAUGCUUCUGAAAGGUCAGGCACGCGCUCUGGAUAUCAUGGUUCUGCAGCGCGAAAACGCCAAGGUGCUCAAGGAGUGCCAGGGGAUUCGGGAAGCCCUUUGCGCAGGCGUCCCGUCGACGCUGCGGAAGCAGACGAAGCCGCCACGCCCACGCGCCGUGUGUGCCCUCUGA